AUGAUGUAUUGUACCUCCUCUGGACGUCAACCUGAUCUCAAGACCUUCCUCUCGAACUAUCCUCGCAAAGCAACACCAACAAUGUCUACUCAUUAUGACGAGAGAAAGAAAGCUAUUCAACAGUUCAUUGCUCCAUUCAUUCAAAGAGGUCCUGAUGGCGCAACACUUGAUGCAAACUUUGUCAACAAGUUAAAGACAGAGGCAAGCGAUGGUGAUGCAUUAGAGACGAUAUUGGAUAUUAGGAAGGAUCUGUAUAAUGCACAAUCAUUCGGACCACUCAGCGAUGACCUUAUUCGUCUGGACGACGCCUUACAAUCAUUCCUCAAGGGUGAGCUGGCGGGCGACGACCUGAUCUGCCAGCCAAUCGACCCAAUGUUCACACAUCCAACCAUCUUGAAACGAUUGAUUGAGCAUGAGGCCGUGCACCCAUACUCUGAUCCCAAGGGAAUCUUUGAUCGUAUUCGACCUGGACGUUUGUGUCUGGUACUAUUCCAUCGACGAUUGCCCAUGCUCCCGCUAAUGUCACUGUACAUCGCAUUGACCGAGGGCAUUGCCAGCAACAUGGAUGUUAUAAACAGUCCACAUGUGGAUCUGACCAAGAUUGACUCGGCGAUGUUCUACUCUAUCUCAUCACUACACUCUGGUCUGAAGAAUGUUGACCUUGGCCAUCUACUAAUAGGCAAGGCCACCGAAUACCUAAUGAUCAAUCCAUCAAUCAAGAACUUCUGUACACUUUCACCAAUACCAAACUUCAAGAACUACCUAAAGCGACGUGCAGUGUCCGACCAACCAACCACAGAUUUAUUGGCGGCUGUCACAUUUAACAACCUGGAGAGUUACAAGUUUGCACUGUUGUCCAGUUGCCUGCGGUAUAUAAUGACGGAGAAGAAGAGGAAUAAUAAGGCCAUGGACCCUGUAUGUAACUUCCAUCUGAAGAAUGGAGCAUCGGUGUAUAGACUUAAUUGGCGUGGUGAUAUGUCUGAGCACAGAUUGAAUGAGAGUUAUGGUAUAAUGAUCAACUAUCUCUAUCAGCCAGAUGUCAAGAAGGCCAACUCUCAAAACUACAAACAGAAUGGCACCAUCAUACAUCAAGACCCAUUGAAUCAACUGGCCCACCAACUAAACAUUACCAUA